AUGCGAUUUUUCGUUUGCGAGGAAAUUACUGCAACCCCGCCUGCUAGAGGACGAUCUCAACGACCACUGGAGGCCACACCUGCUUCCACCCAUAUUCGCCCCCUCUUACCAACUACGACUAUCAACAUGAGCGGACGCGGUGGAUUCUCGCGAGGCGGCGGCGGCGGUCGUGGUGGCUUCCGUGGAGGCCGCGGCGGCGGUCGCGGCGGCUUCACGCAAGGCCCGCCCGACACUGUUCUCGAGGUUGGCUCGUUCAAGCACCCGGUCGAGUCCGAGAUGCUGUGCUCGCUCACGAUGCCGGAGAAGGUGCCCUACUUCAACGCGCCGAUCUACCUGAGCAACAAGACGCAGAUCGGCAAGGUCGACGAGAUCCUCGGCCCCAUCAACGAGGUCUUCUUCACCGUCAAGAUGGAGGCGGGCAUGAACGCCGACUCGUUCAAGAAGGACGACAAGGUCUACAUCGGCGGCGACAAGCUGCUCCCCCUCGACCGCUUCCUCCCCAAGCCUAAGGUUGCCGGACCCAAGAGCGACCACCAAGCCAGGCGGACUGUCACGAAGUUGACGCCGGCGUUGGUGGGCAGAACUGACCCAUCUGACCCAUCUGACCCAUAA